UCUGCGCCGCGCAAGUCCCCAAAUAUCCAGUUCCCGUCCCAGCGACUCCAGGGUUCCCUCUCCCUGCUUCUGCGCAGCGCUCCGCUCAGUCUGUAGCGAGCUCUCCCUCCCUCCUCCAUGGCGUCGCUCCUGUGCUGUGGGCCUAAGCUGGCCGCCUGUGGCAUCGUCCUCAGCGCCUGGGGAGUGAUCAUGUUGAUAAUGCUCGGGAUAUUUUUCAAUGUCCAUUCUGCCGUGUUAAUUGAGGACGUUCCCUUCACAGAGAAAGAUUUUGAGAACGGCCCUCAGAACAUAUACAACCUGUACGAGCAAGUCAGCUACAACUGUUUCAUCGCCGCGGGCCUCUACCUCCUCCUCGGAGGCUUCUCCUUCUGCCAAGUUCGUCUCAACAAGCGCAAGGAAUACAUGGUGCGCUAGAGCGCAGUCCGACUCUCCCUCCCCAUUCCCCUCCUCUAUUUAAAGACUCCUCAGACCGUCUGUCCCGCUCAUCUGGAGUCCCUUGGGACUGUUACCCUGGCGAGCUGUCAUCCCUGGCCCUGCAAAACUGCUGCCUAACCCCUGGAGGGGACCGGGGGUGACCGCGCCCUGUUCUGAACUACAAUAAAAAGAAGAGGUUCUCCUAA